AUGGACAGAACACCUUUUUUUAGAACAUGUAUAGGAAUAUAUGAAGAAGGUUUAAAAGCAGAUUCACAGAGUUCGACCCAACAGAAAAGCCGACAUGAUGAAAAAUUACACGGAGUUAAUACGAAACAAAAGAGCCAGUUUGAUAUGUCUGGAACCUUUGUUCAGGACUCCAUUUCUACGGCAAAAGUUAUCGAUGAAAUAGUACGUUUCUUGAAUUCGGUGAAGUCGGAGUAUCUUCUUUGGAAUUCGAGAAAAAUGGAUGAGGAAGCGAAGGACCGCCUAGAUUUGACACUAAAAGCUCAAAUAAACGGGUUAAAUAGAAAGGUGGAUACACUUAAGAGGGCUUCCACUGAACUAAAUAAGCAGAUGUACGUUACUAGUGGAGUUUCAGUUAAAGAAAUUGGUCUUAAUUUAGCUUCAAUGGGCAAGUACGGACAAAAAAUGCAGAUGGACUUGGACACGGUGGCAAAAAUGAGAUUGAAUGUUGUCAAAUCACUAGGUUUGAGGCUAACAAAGCUCUCAGAUCUUUUUGUUUCGUUAUAUGCUACACGAAUGCAACGUAAAAAUGAACACGACAAAUCAUAUUUAUCGACGAACACAGAGUACUUUGGAUCUGAUACACAAGAGAUAAAUACUCGAAACUCCAGAAUUCCAAACGGAUACACAAGUAAUAAUGGUAAAGAAAACAUGAUUUUUGACAAAACAAUUCAACAGGAUGAUAAUACAAAUACGGUGGAAUACGACAAUCUUCAAAAAACACUUCCUACUCAACAACUUCAGCAGUUGUCAAAAGAGAACGAAGACUUGCAAUUACAACUAAAAGAUGAGCAUCUAAAGUCAGUGGAACAGAUGGAAACUUCAGCAGUGGAUAUUUCAUCAAUGAUCAACGAGAUUUCGCUCCAGUUAAACCUCCAGAAUGAAUCGAUAAAUACGCUAUCGGGGUACCAAGACGAUAUUAUGUCUAACAUGAAACUGGGAAACAAGCAAUUAGUCAAGGCUAAUGAUAGAAAUAAGAACUCCGGCAGAAAUUUAAGCGCCAUGAUUAUUUUUAUGGCCGUACUCUUGUUGAUCAUAGACUAUAUAUUAUAA